CGCAUUAAACCGGUCCAAAAUAUUGGUAUCGUAUAGUUAACCAAGUUGAUUGGUUUAGCAUUUCAAAAUAAACCGUGAUUUCAAAAAAGUUCAUCGUUUCUCUCGAAAACCCAGAAAUGUUUCUUCAGGUUACCGGCACGGCGACUCCGGCUAUGCCUGCGGUAGUGUUUCUCAAUUCAUGGAGACGACCACUUAGUAUUCCUCUCCGGAGCGUAAAAACCUUCAAGCCUCUAGCAUUCUUCGAUCUCAAAGGAGGCAAAGGAAUGAGUGAGUUCCAUGAGGUUGAACUCAAAGUUCGUGAUUAUGAAUUGGAUCAGUUUGGUGUUGUGAACAAUGCUGUUUACGCAAACUACUGUCAACACGGUCGACAUGAGUUUCUAGAGAGUAUCGGUAUCAACUGCGACGAAGUAGCACGUUCUGGGGAAGCCUUAGCAAUUUCAGAGUUGACAAUGAAGUUCCUUUCACCUUUACGUAGCGGAGACAAAUUCGUGGUGAAAGCGAGGAUAUCGGGGACAUCUGCUGCGCGUAUUUACUUCGAUCAUUUCAUCUUUAAACUUCCAAAUCAAGAGCCUAUAUUGGAGGCAAAAGGAAUAGCUGUGUGGCUCGACAACAAGUACCGUCCUGUUCGCAUCCCAUCUUCUAUACGUUCUAAAUUUGUUCACUUCCUACGCCAAGACGACGCCGUUUGAUUCACCUCAUCAGCCCAAUUGAAUCUACUUAAUAAGCCUGUCAUUAGCCCAUAUAUAUUAUAAAUAUAAAUUAUGUAUAUUCGGAUCAAAUGCAAAUGCAACAUUGAAUUUCUCACGCCGUUAUAAGCCAACUAGUAAAAUCAUUCAAGGAUCCAUGUUUAUACUAUUUUAUCAAGAGUUAGUGAAAUCUUUCAAUUAAAAA